GCUGACCCGAGAACCGCCCCCCCUCCUUCCCCCGGCGGCGCCACGGGGCAUGCCGGGAAGCGCGGUCCUUCCGCCGCCGCGCGGGGGCUGCUGGGGAGCGGUGCGGUUCUAUGGCGGAGCCGGCGCCUCCCGGAGGGCCGCAGCCCCGCGCCCGGCGCCUGGCGGCGCUGCUGAACCGCAGCCUGCGGGUGCGCAUGUCGGACGGGCGCACGCUGGUGGGAGCCUUCCUCUGCACCGACCGCGACGCCAACAUCAUCCUCGGCUCCGCGCAGGAGUUCCUCAAGGCUGCGGAUGCGUUCCCGGGCAGCGAGCCGCGUGUGCUGGGCCUGGCCAUGGUGCCUGGGCACCACAUCGUGUCCAUCGAGGUGGAGCGCGAUGCUGCCGCCGCCCUGUGCUCCUGACGGCCCCACCGUGGGACGGAGCCCUGAGUGUUGUGCACCUCUCAUGUGCCCCAACGGGUGAUGGACGCCUGCCAUGCAAAAUGAACGCCGGGACUGCGGUCCCCACAGCCCCGGUAGAGCUCCCGUGGUGGUCACGUGUCACCACGUGAUGCCGUCAUUCCAGUCCCCUGCAAAGCAGGACGCAGAUGCCCCUUCCUCCCCCAAACACUCCGUUUUCAGCCUGAAACAGAGUUGUGCAGGUUAAUUUAAUCUCGGGUGCAAAAGGUUUCAGUGGGCGAGAGGGAACACGCGGCAGUCCUGGUCCCUCCUAACUGCGAUAAAACGCCGCGGCCAAGGGGGGUCAGGGAGGAACAGGAACAAGGGGGGGGGUGCACAGAGGGUCUGGGGCGGCCACAGGGAGGGGUGGGAGGGGUGGGAGGGGGCCGCUGAUGGCGCCAUCCCCCCGGGUUGCGGUGACGCUGAGACGCAGCCCCCGACAAGUGGUGCACCCAGGGACCUGCAGCGGGAGUCAGGAACCCCAGGGCCGCCCUC